AUGCCUACCCUCGAGCUUCACAAUGGCUAUCCGCUCUGGCACUAUAUUCCCAACCGGCCUGCAGCCGUCAUCUUUGUUGUUCUUUUUGCGUGCGCGACAGCGUACCAUACCUUUGUGCUGUUCAAGCACCGACUUUGGUUCUGCCUACCAUUUGUCAUUGGCGGUUUCUUUGAAACUAUUGGUUAUGUCGGCCGGUUCCUCGCCUACGACAAGACGGGCGAGCUGAUUCCCUACAUGCUCCAGUCCAUCUUCCUCCUACUUGCACCGAUUCUCUUUGCGGCUUCGUUAUACAUGACCCUCGGUCGCGUGAUCCGCGCCGUUGACGGCGAGCAAUUCUCCAUGAUCCGUUCGAAAUGGAUCACCGCGAUUUUCGUCACGGGCGACGUUGUCAGUUUCAUGAUCCAAGGUGGUGGAGCGGGUAUUCUGGUCAAGGCCGACUCUGCCAGCAGCCAGAACACAGGCCAGAACAUCAUCAUUAGUGGCCUCAUCUUCCAGAUUCUCAUCUUUGGCAUUUUCUGCGUGGUGUCCCUCUCUUUUCAUCUUCGAUUCGUGAGAAAGGGGCUUGUGAACUGCUACUUGGACAUUCCCUGGAGCUCUGUCCUCGCCAUGCUCUACGCCACCUCUGGACUGGUCAUGCUUCGAAACAUCUUUCGCGUCGUCGAAUACGCCAUGGGGCAGGACGGCUAUCUUUUGUCGACUGAGUGGUGCGUAUACGUUUUUGACGGCGUUCUCAUGUUUCUAGCCGUGGCCUUAUUCGCCACUAGAUAUCCGAACCGACUCUAUCCCCGGGACCGAGCGGACACGGCGAUGGAACUUAUAGACCCUGUCGAGCAGCGGAAAGAUCGUGACGCAGAGUUCUCUGUUUAG